AUGGCUCCAUCUGCUGCUACCGAGACGAAACAGGGAAAGGCGCUUAGCGGAAAGCGCACGACAUUCCUUAAACAGUACUACAGCAUAGUGGGCGAAUCUGGCGUUCAGAAUCAGACCGUGAAUGGCGACCGCUCGGACGCGUAUCACAAUAUCGCGCGUGCUUUAGUGCUAUGCUUCGGCGUUGACGAUCCUCUCAGCAAUGACGACCCCGAUCUGGAUUACUGGGAUUUGCCUUAUGCCUCUAUACCCGCUGCAAACGCUAUGCCAGCCCUCGACGAAGAGCAGUCGAAGAAGCGCGACAUGGUCAUCGAAGGUUUAGUUCAGCGGGUUCGUAACUAUUAUAAGGGCCUGCGUCACAAGGCGAAGAAUACUGGCGGCAAGGCUAGUCUCGAGAUGAAGCAUAUUGAGCGCAUCACCGCUGCUUUCGCCGAUCCUCCCAAGAUGCCGAAGGCUCUCGACGUCUACCAGGCGGACUUCAAGUCUCACUAUCUUCCCAGUUUCGACCUGAUGUGGCGUGCGAAGGAGAGCGAAGCUGCGGGUGACGCGACUCAACUCGAGCGGCUCAAGAACACCAGGGGCGGACAGGAGAGGAUUCACGCGAAGAUGAGGUGGGAGCAGGAGGGCGCAGAAGUUCGUCAGAAGGUACAGGCUGCGCGCGAGAAGAAAUUCAAGGCGGCGCUGGCCAAGUACAAUGCGCUCUGGGGUGCGCCAGCAUUUGCGUUAAAGAACUCUCGCGCAUGGGUCAUGCCGGAGGCGGGCGCGUUUCUGCGCGUGUUUCUGGAAUGGAUGGCGUCACGCUUCGGGGUCGCUCUGGCACUCACGAUCGCAGGACAGGGUGACAAAGGCGAACCCGAUGCUCGGACCAUCUUCGCCGCUGGUGACACGAAGGACGGUUCUCCGACUCUGGACGAGUAUGCGGCGGACGCUACGGACGCUACGAAAGUCAGGCUCAUGCAAUACGUGACCAAGAUGAUGACUGGGUUGGUGGCGACCGGACCGUCGGUUAACGUGUCAGAGGACGAGACGGAGGAGCCCGAAGAAAGCGGGGGUCAGCGGGUAGACGCGGAUGCGGCCGCGCACGCCCUUCAAUUCAAAGAGGAAUUAGCCAAUGAACCAAUGACCCUCGUCGACGAAGCGGGCGCUUCAAAGUGGGCAAUCGAUGACACGCUCUUAUUCGGUCCUGAGGGUCCAUAUGGACGUUCGGCUGACCGUGAUCCGAUGCACGUGGAUGACGCUCGGAGCGCUCGCGCGGCCGGGGCGGACGUACAGUUUAAUGGUCACGACGGCACUGGCGGUUCUUCGAGGAUGACCGAGACAGCGCGUGCAAGCAAGGGCAAGGAAAAGGCGACCGACAUAACGAUCACGGACGAUAGUGACGAGGACUUCGGCGGCGAGCUUCAGGCGUUGGACGGCAACUUCGAGGAGGACGCUGUGGUGGAUCCGGAAAUAGAAAAACUGCGGGACGCGUUCAGCAACAACGACGUGGGUCUCAAUAUGGCGAUGGCAACUGCCAGCAACUACAUCCAGAAGGUUUCAAACACGCGAGCGUCUUCACCGGCUACGUCGGCUUCUGUGCGAUCCGACUAUGACGACGGCGCCCGGUCAUUGGCCUCCGGUAUCGACGACGAGGAUCUUCCAAACUAUGAUCCGUAUUCCCUGGUCGACGAAGACAACGACGAAGCGGACAUCGACGCGUUCCUCACCGCCACAUACGUGGAUCGCCGGAAGAAGAAGAAGAGAGAAAGUUCACCUCGCACGAUCUUGUUGGGCGGAGUCUCCCGCACGCACAGUGGGCAGAGCCGUAAGAGGGAGCCCAAGCUUCCAGCGGAAGACGUAGAGGGAAGGAAGGAGGGUGAGAAGAGCGACGAGGACAGCGCGACUGGGUCGGGCGAGAGGGGAAAGAAGACGGCUCGCACGGCGCGGAUGCCAGCGCCGACCAAAGCGUCAAAGGUGGUCUCGAUUGCUAAAAAGGCGGCGGUGCGAUCCAUAUCCGAGGCUCAAUCCGUUCCCGAUGCUCAGGGCGCCCAACGUCAAGUGGGGGUUCAUACGGCGAACGCAGAGGAAUCGUCUGCGCCGAAACCUAAGCCCAAGCCUCGCAUGAAGAGGAGGUUGCGGGUGACAUCGCCUGAGCUCGGAGAGGAUGGGCUCGUCGCACCGCAGACGACGGUGACGACAGGAGAGGGGAUAGUGGCAGAGGAUAUCGGCAUGACGGAUGCAGGCAGCUCGGCGGCGCGAGGCUUGCUGGAUGACAGGGCGGCGGAUUUGAACGCAGAUGAUGUUGACAAAUGGAUCAACAAGCAUACGGAUCCGCAGGCGAAGGCCGAAGGGGAGGUGGCGUGGAAGACAUACAUCGGAACGAACGGCCCUGCUUCGAAGCGUCGCGCACUUUGCGAGCUGGUCAGGCUCGUCCCGUCGAAUCUCCGCGGGUGCUAUACAAACAUGGUGGACGCGAUGGAAGGCCUACUGCGUAUGGACGAACUCUGGGACGGCGGGAAAGGCGGCCAUUUGGACAAGACGAAACGUCCGAAGGAGGUCACGACCAUGAUCAGCGGCCGCGGCACCAUGCUUAGUACGCCAGUACCAGACGGCUGGGGUGCGCAGAUGGCCGCGUGGUGGAUCUCUUUGCAACCGAGCGAACGUGGAAAUGUUACGGAUAUCAGGGAGUUGUCUGCGCCCACGGCGGAUAUGGUCUGGGACGCGGUUGGUGAGUGUAAGGGAUACAAGGGGGCAUUCUUGCUGGUCUGGAGCAUGAUGCAUUGGGCGAAGACGCAGAACGAUCUCGAAUUGUGGCGGGCCGUCGCAGAAGAUAUGACGCGCGUCUUCAGGAUUAUCCAGGCUUCCAGGGCUGCCGGUGAUGGCCGGUCUCCGGUUCCCGACAUGGCGCGGGGCAAUGGGGCGAAGAGGCCGGGCGCUGGUAGUGUCGGAGAAGAGGCGCGUCCGAAGAAGCUGCGAAGGGACGAGGGAGCAACCGGGGCGCGUGAUAUCGGGGCAAGAGAGCGCGGCCAAAGUAGGCGUGGCGUUUAG